AUGGACUACGAUGCGGAUCGCAUCACGUUCACCAACCAAAAUCUCGCGGGCCCCGGGCAAGACGAUGGGCUUGAUGACGGAAACAUGUCGGCCAUGGAGGCGAAGCGGCAGUUUCGCGAGUUCAUUCGCAGCUACCGCGAGGGGAAUCUCUUCCCUUACCGCGAUCAGCUCCUGCAGCGAUACCGCAAACGCGAGACUUACCUGGAGGUAAACCUCGGCCACGUCAACGAGUUUCGGCCGGACUUGCUGGACAUGCUCACGCUCCGGCCGGUGGAAUACCUGCCUCUCUUCGAGCAGGCGGCCCAAGAAGCUCUCAAGCAGCUCACCACGGAGCGAGUGGAGGGAGAACCACUGCCUGAGAUACAGAUCGUGAUCAAAUCGGAGCAGAUGCCGACCGGGCUGAGGAGCAUCGCCGCCGACCACGUCAACAAGCUGCUCAAGGUCCCCGGUAUCAUCAUCAGCGCCACCCGCAUCCGUGCGAAGGCCACGAGCGUGGCGGCCAAGUGCAAGAGCUGCGGGUGCCUGAAGCAGCUCCCUUGUGUGGGGCCUUUCGGCGGUGCCGCCCUGCCCAUGAGAUGCGACAAGAACGGGCAACAAGCAGCCGAUGGGGGAGAAGAAGAUUGCGGUCAGGCACCGUUCGUGAUUGUACCAGAUGAAUGCAUCUACGUCGACCAGCAGACGCUCAAGCUUCAGGAGAGCCCGGAAGUCGUCCCGACCGGCGAGAUGCCUCGCAACAUCAUCGUGGUUCUCGACCGAAACCUCGUGGACAAGGUGUCCCCUGGUACCCGCGUCUCCAUCAUGGGAAUCGCCUCGUUGUACAACUCCGCCGCUGCGAAGAAGCAGGUCGGAGGUGUGGCCAUUCGCACUCCCUUCAUGCAGGUUGUGGGUAUCGCGGUGGAAAGCGAGGGGGCUGGUCGUGCGUCGGUCUCCUUCACGCCGGCAGAAGAGGAAAAGUUCCUUGCCAUGUCGCGAACGCCAGACAUCUACCAGAAAAUGGCGUCAUCGAUCUCUCCCUCCAUCUCCGGAGACUACACGGUCGACAUCAAGCGAGCGCUGGCUUGCUUGCUCUUCGGGGGGUCGCGAAAGCACCUGCCGGACAGCACUCGUCUUCGCGGAGACAUCAACGUGCUCCUGCUGGGAGACCCGUCUACCGCCAAGAGCCAGUUCCUCAAGUUCGUAGAAAAGGUGGCUCCCGUUGGGGUGUAUACGUCUGGAAAGGGCAGCAGCGCAGCGGGUCUUACGGCCUCCGUAAUCAAGGACUCUAGAGGGGAGUUCUACCUGGAGGGGGGUGCCAUGGUGCUGGCCGAUGGAGGAGUUGUUUGCAUCGACGAAUUCGACAAGAUGAGGGAGUCGGACCGCGUUGCGAUUCACGAGGCGAUGGAGCAGCAGACCAUUUCGGUGGCCAAAGCGGGUAUCACCACGAUCCUCAACAGCCGGACGUCCGUGCUAGCCGCCGCCAACCCUAUCUACGGUCGCUACGACGACCUUAAGAGUGCCGCGGAGAACAUCGACCUCAUGACCACCAUCCUGUCUCGAUUCGACCUCAUCUUCAUCGUUAGGGACAUCAGGGAUGAGGAGCGCGACCGCAGCAUCGCCAAGCACGUGAUGAGCGUGCACAUCAACGCCUCGGGGGUAAACGCCGGUGCCCAGGAAGGGGAUAUCGACAUCGCCACUAUGAAGAAGUUCGUUAGCUACUGCCGCCUCAAGUGCGCUCCCCGCCUGUCGGAGGCGGCGGCGACAAUGCUGAGCAGCCAGUACGUGUCCAUCCGCGAGGACGUUAGGCGACGGACGCUGGAACUUGGAGAGGAUGCACAAGCGGUCCCCAUCACCGUGCGCCAACUUGAGGCCCUGGUGCGUCUCUCUGAGUCUCUGGCCAAGAUGCGCCUGUCUGCCGAGGUGUCGAGCCAAGACGUACAGGAAGCCCUCCGCCUCUUCAAGGUUUCGACCAUGGCAGCGGCGUCCGCGGGGUCCACCGCCGGGGACCUGGGCUCCCUCCGCCCGGAGACUCAGCAGGAGGUCCGCAGGGCGGAAGACUUCCUCAAGAGGAGGAUCGCCGUCCGCAGCACCGUCAACCGAAAAAAGGUUGGGGAGGAAGCAACAGGCCAGGGACACCCGGCGACAGCAGUAACACGAGCAAUAGCCAUCAUGGCGGUAAGAGGCGAGCUGCAAGAGAAGAACAGAGGGUUCUUGCUGUACCGGGCGCGAUAGGUAGAUAGACAGCGAGGGGGCGAGAGAAUGAAGGAGAGGUAAGAGCGCUGUCCUACUCCUCUCUGCGGCCGGUGGGGCAAUCGCGUUAGGGUAGGGUAUCUCAGCACGAGGUUAUGCAAGCAGUUUUGAGUCGAACAUGGCUGCUUGGGGCGGUGUCGUCCCCGUCUGUGCUUGGCAGAGAAGAGACAAUGUGGAUAACGGGAAGCGUUUCGUUCUUUCGUCUUUUUUGUUCAAGUUUUGCCGACGGCAAUAUUCGCUGCCAUGCAUUGGUCGAGGUGAGGUGAAUCAUAAUCCGUCGUGUCCACCAGUAUUUUCCUUUUGAUUUUUUUUUUUGGCCAAGGCCUUUUUCUUUGCACACGGCUGUUUUUGUGCGGGCUGGGUUGUGGGUGUCAUUGUGCGCCAAAGGGGAUGGACGCGUUCCUCGCACGAUUUGUCAGACUGUGAGUAGAGCGUGUCACGCGUGCUAUAUGGGUAUGUGGGGGAGGCGGGCGAGGGCGAGGAAAGCGCGGGAGCGGGGGGAGAAUCUCAACUGUGUACCAACAAGCAGAAUCAAUUUUGUCGGUGCAUGUUGAUACGUACGUGACAUUUGCCCCAGCAUUCCGAGCACGGACAGUCAUUUACUGAGGAAGGCUGGCUUGAAACGAGCAUUAAAGCCGCCGCGGUCAUGCAACACUACUGUAAUAUGCGCUCGGUCACGCACGAGAGGAUCAACAGACGAAAAAGAUUCCAGCGGGCGGACGAACGCUAACCACCAAAAAUCGCAAACGAUAAAGAAAGGGGAGUUGUCGCGCUGGCUGCGUGCGGGUCCCAGCAAUUAAAAAUUGAUAGAGGGUAAAUGAGAGGAAGUAUCCCACCCCGGCUGGGGGACGUGUUGCGUCCGCUUGGUGCCCCACGCCAUCGAAUCCACACACUCAAGCGGAAAAUUGCGCUCUCAGAGCGAAAUGGUUGAUGCUGCAAAAAACCAAGGGUCCCGCUGCAGUGCACACGAACGAGCGUGUGGCAGCUCUAUUGCUGUGUAGCAGAGGGUGGCGAGGUUUUGCCAACAAGCAAAAAAAAAAAAGACAUAUUUUUUGAAACCGUUCGAGUGAUCUGACAGCAUUGUGAAGCACCAGAGGAGCAACACCCCUCGGAAGUAUGCCAUCAAAGGCCAAACCAAGUCGUCGCCGCCGCCCCCCACCCGUACAAAGCUCGGACACAACCGUCGAGCGAAAGGCCGCGCUCCUAGGUAUUCGCAAGGGCAGGGGCACGGCGGGCCGAAAAACCGGCUGCCCUCCACAACGACACGAAACAAAACAAAUAUUAACAAGAAAAAAUUGUUUAGACUAUCAUGAACUCCGUUUCCAACCGCUCGCGCUCAAAUUUCACACAAAGGGGCCAACAGCUUGGCCUCCUCAACGAACCACGUCAACAUUGGGAUAUCGGACCUGCACGCAUCAUUGAAAAUCAUCCGCCGCACUCAAACAUACCCCAAGUCGUGGUCACUAGACACCAUCAUCGUGAGCUUCAGCGCUACUGCACACCAAACGAAACCAAACACUGUCCAAUACGUAUCCCUGCAACCAACGCUAGCACGAGGUAAUCCCCUCACCAACAUUCUCUUUACCCGUGUGUAACGUAUUUUUUUUAUCAAACGAGAACCACCCGUACUAAUAGCGUGCUUGCAAAAGAAGUUCGUAUGUUGAUCAAUUACCACAUGACCUCACCUGUAGACGCAACACUACACUGGCAUCUCAAAGACGAGGCCGUCCCUUUUUACAGCAGCACUGGCAUGAUCCAUAAUCCCUCCCCUCCUUACCCCACCCCCCCCAAAACGCCUGCUAUUUAAAAUGCUGCUCUCCAACCCCCCCCCCCGCAGCCCGCCCCCCUCCUACCAAGCAAUCCUGCUUAUCGAACGAAAAGUGUUGCUCUCCAAUUACGGGACUACACCAUGCAACAACAGCAGAACGACUGCACAGGGGCACACGGUACUGUUUUGAACCACUUUGCACGCAGUGAGACCGUGCUAUUUGGUAUAUCACGUGUCGGUGGUGGCUUCCCCCACCCAGGUUUCGCUGGAACAUCUAGUGACACCCUUUCCCCCGAAUACAACCAACCACCAAAACGUCGUG